AUGGAUGCCUUCUACUCGACCUCAUCGGCAGCGGCGGCGGCCGAUUGGUGUUACGACUCACUCAACAAGUUCCGCGAGAUCUCGCCCGCCGUGCGGUCGCACCUCAAGCUCGUUUACCGGACCGUAUGUUUUGCCCUGGUCUCGUCCGCUGUGGGUGCUUACCUGCACGUUGCCCUCAAUAUCGGCGGGAUGCUGACAAUGCUCGCGUGCAUGGGAAACAUUGUCUUGGCUGCCAUAAUAUGGCUGUUGCUCUGCGCAACCAGCAUCCUUGUGACAGGGUUUGUUGGAAUUGCCAUUGCAUUAGGGUGCUUCUCUUGCGUCACCAACAUUGCCAAGCGCAAUGUCACCAGCAUUGCCAAGCGCAGUGAGUACAUGUUCCUCCGUGCUCUGCUCUCCUCUGACCUGUCGGUCCUGCUCUGGCUGCAGUUGGCCACAUCCAUCUUUGGCCUCUUGACUAGCAGCUUCAUGGUUGAGGUCUAUGCUGGCAUCUUGAUCUUCGUGGGAUACAUGGUGUACGACAUGCAUCAGAUCGUUGAGAGGGCACACCGCGGUGACAUGGACUACAUUGGACACGCGCUCACCCUCUUCACCGACAUCACUGCCAUCCUUGACCGGAUCUUUAUCAUCAUGAAUGCAGGCGACAAGUCCGAGGACAACAAGAGAAAGAGGAGCACGUUGCAGCCCAACAAAGCAUGCAUGUCGGCAAGGAGUUGUGAUUUUUCUAGACAUACUUCUAGUGAGUUGUAUUGA